AUGAAGGAGCGAGGUGCAGCCGCUCAGUGGGAGUACCCAUGCGACCACUACACCGCCGUCAUCAACGUCACCCUGAUGAACACAGGCUGCCCGCGGACGCUGGUGCACGAGACGGCGCUGCAGCUGCUGCAGGUGCUGGACAAGCGCUUCUUCGGCUCCGUGGGACCGCUCACCACUGACGGCGAGACAGGAGGCCAGGGCAAAGGCACGCUGGACCUGCUGCUGUCCACUACCUAUUGCCGGUCCCAGCUGUAUCUGUCCCGCCAGCUGGCGCAGCUGCACCCCGAGCUCACCAUGCCCAUGUUCUCUGGUGAGUGUGAUAGAAAAUAA